AAGCGCUCAAGCAGCAAGUGUUGAGGACAUGACAAGGCUGCGGAGCUGUGACAGAGCUGUGCAGCAGGAGGAAGGACGGUGAGAAGUGCAAUCCGCUUUCUGCGCUGCUAAUCCGAAGGAGAGGUACAGUAGCAUUUCAGAAAUGUGCCGCGUCACGUCACAGCUGUCAUGCUUGCGGCUUGGGCAGAGCUGCAUUUCUCUGCAUGCAGGCUCGGCUACCAUCUUCGACGAUCUGCCAACAUCAGUCCAACAGACGUCCCCUGGCCCACGGUAUGCUGCGUAGAGGACAGCCUGACAAGCGUGUUCUCCUGUGUAACAACUAUCACGGGUCGCUGCACGACGCACUACGGACUUGUUGAUGUGGAGAUGAACAGAGACUUCAGCUUGCGUACUGAACGUUUCACAAACCUUGACCCGCCCUUAACGAUUCCAUCGUCUUUUUGGGAGCAGACACCGCAUCAUUUUCUUUUGGUUGGGCUGCUACGACCGUGGUCAAACAUGCGCCUUAUCCACGGGAGGUUAGGGAUGGCAGUUUGAGUACGAUCUGCUGUCAAGCUUGCCGUUCGACUGGCACGUAAACGUACUCGCACUUUCCCCCGAGUGCCAAUCAGCACCACACGUCGAGCCCCAACAUCUCGCA